UUUGAGUUCGAGUCGGCUGCCCGGCAGUUCAUGGUGAGCACCCUGCGCAUGGCCAAGAGCUUCCGACCCAAGCAGCUCUGGGGGUUCUACCUCUUCCCUGACUGCUACAACCAUGACUACAGCAAGAAUAAGGAGAGCUACACCGGGCAGUGCCCGGACGUGGAGAAGACUCGCAACGACCAGCUGGCUUGGCUCUGGAGGGAGAGCAUGGCCCUCUACCCCUCCAUCUACCUCGACUUGCUCCUGGCCUCCACCCCCAACAGCCGCAAGUUCGUGCGGGCGCGGGUGAUGGAAGCCAUGCGCAUCUCGCAGCAGCACCACGACAGCUACUCCCUGCCUGUCUUCGUCUACACCCGGCCCACCUACAUCCGCAAGCUGGAUGUGCUCAGCCAGCUGGAUCUGAUCUCCACCAUCGGAGAGAGCGCGGCACUGGGUGCAGCCGGGGCCAUUUUCUGGGGUGAUGCAGACUACACCAAAAACCGGGACUCGUGCCAGAUCAUCAAGAACUACCUGGAGGGGGACCUGGGUCGCUACAUCGUGAACGUCACGACAGCAGCGCAACUCUGCAGCACGACGCUGUGCCAUGGCCAGGGCCGCUGCCUGCGCCGAGAUGGCACCGCUGACGUCUUCCUCCACCUCAACUCCACCAGCUUCCAGCUGCGGCGCCGGAAUGAGGACCACCCCCAGCGCCCUCUCUUCUGGGCUGAGGGCCAGCUAUCCUCUGCUGACACCCUCUUCCUACGGAUCUCCUACCAGGGCUGGCAGGGCAGCAGCUGCCAGGUGCCCGCUGACCCCCACAGUGAUGCCCCUGACCCUCUGGUACCACUGGGACUUGGGGUGCUGUUGCUGCUUGCAAGCUGGUGCCAACCCCUUCUGGACUGA